UAUCACAAUUUUACUACUGAUUAUCAAUGCCUUCAAAUGCACAAACCAAUUUUAGUAUCUUUAAUACUAGUUGAUACUAAAAGUCUCUACUUCCUAAAUAUUAAAAAGUAUCUUUUCUGAAACAUUUUAGAUCUUUCAAUAAUUUUAUAGAUAGUUCAAAAACAACAGUUUAUGUGCAAUUUGAAAAAACCGGGAGAUAUAUAGAGACUAGAGUAAGCAUACGAUUAUAAGGAACCUGCCACGUUGUUAGGAACGCUACUGUUUAAAGACUCGCCCAGGCAAAACGGGUCAUUUUUAUUUUAACCAGCUUUUUUAACACGAUUAUCGGCAGAUACAUGUCUACCUGGUGUACUUUCGCUUUGCAGUGAUUUUCCCGUGGUCUGUAUGGCAUGGCGGAAGCUGUAGUUAAAUCCAAGUUUGGUCAGAGAGAACCCCCACUUACAAAUCAGAUUGUGAGCAUAUUGAAUCGUUAUCCUGAUGGAGGGCAAAUAUUGAAGGAAUUGAUUCAAAAUGCUGAUGACGCUGAAGCAAAGGAGGUUAAAUUUCUAUACGAUGGCAGACAAUUUGGUGUAAAUAAUCUUACUAGUAAACAUCUGAAGGACUUCCAGGGACCUGCGCUUUAUGCAUUUAAUGAUGCAAAAUUCAAAGAGAGCGAUUGGGAUGGGAUACAAAAUCUCAUGAAGAGUAAUAAAAAGGAAGAUAUUCUCAAAGUAGGAAGAUUUGGUAUUGGGUUCAACUCAGUGUAUCACAUCACAGAUCUGCCAGGAAUCGCAAGUGGGAAAAAAAUUGGAUUUUUGGAUCCACAUAAACGAUGUUUUGAAAAGGGGGAACCUGGAGUACAAUAUGAGGUUGAUUCAAAAUUACUGCGACAGGAACAUCUUCUUCGAGAUCAAUUUGAGCCGUUCAAAGGAGUGUUUGGUUUUGAUUUUUGCGAAGAAUAUCCCCAUACUCUCUUUCGCUUUCCAUUGCGAAAAUGUCCGUCUGAACUCUCACAGACAGAGUACACAAAGGAAAAAGUCGAGAAGCUUUUCAAUUCGUUGCGCGAAGAAGCUCCAAUCAUUUUGUUGUUCAUGAAACACAUCCAACACAUCAGCGUUUAUGAACGUUUGGAUGAAAAUGACACGGUCAAAUGUCUCUUCGAAGUUGAGAUUGCUCGUGAAACACGCGAAGUUGUUCAACAGGAAAGGCAGAAGAUGUUUGAAAAAGCUAAACAAGCUCUUAGUCUUACAGUUACGGAGUCAAGCUGUGUCGUUGACAUUUCUUUAUCUUCUAUGAAUGGCUCGGGCCACACGGAUGAGUGUUUUAGAUGGCUUGUAAUCAACCAGAUUGGCUUAGCUGAAAAAGAUGAAAAGGUUGAAGAGCUUUCGAAGACUUUAAGUUUGCUUCCGUGGAUUGGCUGUGCUGUUCCGCUUAACGAGAAUGCCCAAAAGGAAGACAGCGGUCGGAUUUUUUGUUCUUUACCACUUCCUCAUGAUGUCGACUGCAAGACAGGCCUGCCAGUUUUGGUGCAUGGUGCAUUCGGAGUCACAGACAACAGACGGGGACUUCUGUGGCCCGGAAAUGAAUGUCAAAAUAACGAAACUGCCGAGUGGAACGUGCUGUUGGUGAAGAAAAUCCUGUCCUCCGUUUUCCGCAAAGUUUUAAAAGCAAUAAUUACAGAUCAUCCUGCCACUGGUCUGCACGACGUGGAGAGACGUGAUCUUGUCUAUAACACUUUGCCGAAAUUAAGCAAUGUUAUUGGUCACUGGAAGGAUGUACUGGAUCCUCUAUUUCAUGAACUUAAGCAUCUCAACCUCUUUUUUACUCAAUCAUGCGGUCCUUCAUCUUGGGUGACUCUGCAGGAAGGACUUCUUGAUCAAAUGAAAAAGGAUGGCGUGUCUGAUGAGACGAGGGGAAUUGUCCUCAAAACACUGUUACAGAAUCAUUCUAUUAUAACAGAACUUCCUGAGCAUGUGAGCGAGAUUGUUGAAAAAUAUUUCGGUGCUGAGAAACAAGAUAUUACUCCGGAAAUUCUGAGAAAUUUACUCCUGAGAACAAACUCGCUACAGACGGCAUCCCGUAAUGAUAAACUCCGGUUACUGGAAUACGUGUUACAUGAUAACCCACAACCCCAAAUGCUCACAGGAAUCCCUCUUCUUCCUCUGUCAUCUGGAGAAUUCAAAAACUUCACUCACCAUUCAAAUCCUUCACAGUUGGUAUUUGUGCCCAGCGACAACUGUAGCGAAGAUUUACUUCCAAAUAUGCAAAACCAUUUCCUAGACAUGAAUAUUCCUGCAGAAACCCGUAAAAAGCUUGUUGAAAUGGCGGCCUUGGAUGAACCCACUGCAACACAAAUGGUUUUACUCAGCCCAGAUCUUGUCGUGUCAUACUUACGACGCUGUCUUCCCGAAGAAUGGUUCAAUCCCAACCAAAAUUUUGUUUCCUGGAAACAUGAUCAUCCUAAACAUCCACCAAAGAAAUGGAUCACAGAUAUUUGGCAUUGGAUCAAUGAAAUCUUUGAAGAAUCUCUUGAGAAGUUCGAAGGAAUCCCGCUGAUACCGUUUGAAAUCGAAUCGGAGGCUAAACUUGGCGUGCUUUCAAAAACCUCCAAGUUCAUAUUCAGUUCAGAUGCUUCUCAGAAUGUGCAAUUGCCUCAGCAGAUUGUGAAAGUUCUCCAAGCGUCAGGCUGCGUUGUCCUACCCUGUCAACCGACAUCCCCCCACGUGCGUCACCCCGAUAUCUGCUCUUACAUUGCGUCUCCCGUCCCGACGGAAGUGAUCCAGAAGCUCCUCAGCUCUUCGUGGAAUUCUGCCAAAGAGUACAUCGUGAAUUGCCCAAGAAACGAAUGGAAAACGAUCCAAAAUUUUUUUGCAUCGGUGCAGAUGUCGGAGGAUCUUCGUGAAUCGUAUGUUAACGCAUUACGUGAUCUGCCGUUGCUGGAGACACUUGGUGGAAAAUACACAACCGCUGUUGUCGACGGUAGGAACCUUUGGGUUGCUUCGCCAGACUUCAAACUUCCAGAUGGUUUCGACUUUCGCAAAGCGGACCACAUCAUCUCAUCUGCUGAAUCUGAAUCCGCUCAACUGGUUGGUUUGUUAAAAUUAGUUCCUUGCAAGCCUGUAGAUAUUUUUUGCCAUUUUCUGUUCCCGGACAUUGAGACCCAGUCGAUUUACAACCGCGAAGAAACAACUAAGGUCAUGUUAUGGCUUCUGGAAAGAAUCUGCGAUUUUAAGGAUGAUUAUUUCCACGACAAAAUGAAGAACUUAUCGUUUGUAAGCACGCGAAAUGGGGAACUUAGAAAGCCAAGUCAAAUCUAUAACCCAAAUGAUCCUCUUCUAAGGGAUUUGUUCAUUGGUGAUGACUCGAAGUUUCCGUCGAAGGAAUUUAGUGAACCGCGUGUGAUAGGAACGCUGACUGAUUAUGGGCUUCGAACACCAGACAUGAUAACUCCAUCGGAUCUCCCUGGAGCAGUUGAGACGGUCGCAUCUUUAAAAUACGAAGAUUCCUUGAGCAAGGUGAAAGCGUUGAUAGAAGUUUUACAACAGAAUCCAAAGUUCUUACAAAAAUCGAUGUGACAACAAAGCUUGCUGGA